AUGCGCUUCAUCGCAGUACUACCGGUGCUAUGCUGUACCGCGGCCCUCAUCCUCUCGUUUCUCUGCCUAUUCGCCGGGCAUAAGAAAGGCUUCAUGGAAGACUACUCCCUCCUAACGCUCAACACGUCCGCAGUUGGACAAACGCUCAUCCAAGCUCCAUCGGAAGACUCUGACUCCACACUUUCAUCCAUCAUAAACCUCAUUCCCGACUCCAUUACCGACAGCGUCACCAACGAAAUCAACGAGCAGAUCGAUGAGUUCCGCGAGCGCGUUGGCAUUGAGGACUGGUACUCGGCACACAUGCUCAACUACUGCCAAGGACAGUAUGAGCCUGGAGAGGUGGCCAACGCCACGCUGAGUCAGGAUGACAUUAGCAAGAACGUCACCGAGUGCGCAAAGAGCAGGGCUACCUACAAGUUCGACCCCACGGCCAUCAUCCAAGAGGCGAUCAACAAGACGGGCGUAGACAUCACCCUAGAGGACUUAAACUGGCCAGAUGACAUCCAGAACGGAAUUGAUGCCCUCAACGCGCUCAUGGCAGCUAUGUUUGUGCUAUAUGUCAUUGCCAUCUGCCUCAUCUUCAUCACGCUUGUCACCAGCGUUCUUGGAAUCUUCAUCGGAAACGGACGACUUACUCCCUGCAUCAACUUCCUUCUUGCGACACUCGCCUUCCUGGCUAUCGGCCUCGCAAGCGCCCUUGUCACUGCUGUAAUGGUCAAGGGUGUCGAUAUAAUAAACAAGCACGGUAACGACAUUGGCUUGAACGCGAACUGGGGCGGCAAGUUCCUUGCUUUGACAUGGGCUGCAACUGCACUUAUGCUCAUUGCGCUGCUUGGCUGGAUCGCCAGCUUCUGCAUCGGCGGCAAGGACCAUGGUUCUCGCCGUGCUCGCAAGCCCUACAAGGUUUAA